AUGUCGGCCAUUGCCUCUGCGCUGCGCCCUACCCUCCGCGCCUCCUCCGGCGCCGCCCUGUCCACGCGUUCCUUCAGCUCUUCCUCGUCGCGUUCCAUUGCUCGUAUCAUGAUCACGGGUCGUCUGGCUGGCCAACCCGAGGUGCAGGCCACCGCUUCUGGCCAGGAAGUUAUCAGAUACACCGUGGCUUCUAACCAGAACUCGAGGGAUAAGCGCCCGCCGAGCUUCUUCAAGGUGUCGGCCUUCAGUGAGGGAAACCAGCGCGAUUUCAUCACCAACUUGCAGACGGGAACUCUCGUCUUUGUCGAGGGAGACGCAACCAUGCGCCAGUGGGAGAACGCAGAGGGCAAGAAGCAGACGGCCCUGAACAUCACGCAGCGCGCCCUCGAGGUUCUCAAGCGUCCGUACAACCCCGAAGCUUUCUCUGAGGAGCAGCAGCACCAGCAGCAGGAGGAGUAA